GGAUCCUAUUCGGCCAACGUCCUUCACAUCGACUCUUGAAGCUACACAGAAGGACUCCCUGCUGCUCUGACAUCCUUCUUCAGCCUCUCCUCCUUCUUCUUCGUCUCCUACAAUCGUCCGCACAUUGAGGAUAAACUGGACCGAGGUGGGUCAUGUGGGGUCGCGGGGGCGGCGGAGGAGGGGGCAGUCAUGGGUCACUCAAUGCACUGGGAGGAGGACCUGCUGGGGGCUUGGCUGGACGCACCAUGUGGAUCCCCUACUGUUCACACCCUGACACUCGCAACCUGCCCAUCCCGCUAGAGUUUGCUGGGAAGACUGAGUGUUUGAAGCUGAUACGGGAGCUAAACCGCGAGACUUCGAACUACCGUCACCUGGCCGUGGGUGUGGGAGGCAGCGGGGACUGUGAGCAGCUGAGGGACGAACUGAAGAGGUCGAGGCGGAGAGCACAAGACCUCGCCAGACAAGCCAAGAACAAACUGAACCCUUACCUACUAGAAACAGACCCAGUGAGACCUGAAGUGGCCAGGCUGUGGAGGAUUCUGUUCUGCUGUAUAAGAGUGUUAGAACAGGAGAUGCUGAGAACACUCACCCUGCAGCAUACCUUUGGGCUACACUUAGGGCCUGUGGGACUCAUCAACACAGGGGUGCAUGAGUAUGGGGGCAGCCACCGGCCUGGCCCAGCAUCCCUGGAGGCACUGGAGCUACCCCUGGAUGACAGACAAGCACUGGAAAGAGCCGAGGUCAAUCAGUUGCAAAAGGAGCUCAUUGACCUGCGGAACUUGAUCAACGUGAUGGAGAGCAGCUUGGACCUGAAGGCGUGGGUGCUGGACGAGAUCACUGAGAAGCAGCUCCUGGCAGCCAUAAAUGACGACUCACCUUCCUUCCACGACAACAAUGAGUCAGGCUGUUCUGAGGCCGAGUCUGUGGGUGCUGAGAGCGUAAACACAGUGCAGCGGAGACGGUACAUCUGCUACAUCCUAAGCUGUGUAGUGGCAAUCUUCCUGCUGGGGACGGUCCUUGGCAUCCUCCUUGCUCUCUUUACUUAGCGCCUCACUCACACCAACACACACCAACACACUGACACAUCCUCAACUUCAGUAUUUUUAUAGCAGAGGUUCCUUCGUCAAGACUAUUCCGUGGAUUGCCUCCCUCAGUGGGGACACCGGGCUAGUACAGACUUGUCAUAACGCAUAUUUUUGUGGACGUGAUAACUUUGCCACGCUGUGUACCGCCCAGCUGGCACCCUGUUAGCUUAAAGGACUCAGGUGUAUUUAUUGGUACAUACAUUAAGCUUAAUAAUGGAAAACUUUACCUGGAAUUCACAAGUUAUGGCACAAUGGAUAUUUUGUUGUAUGUUUUUCUCCUCUGGUGGUUAAUAAUUUCCCUUUGCUGACUGAUAUUAUGAUGCUUCUACUGAGUUGGCAAUUUUCAUCCAAUCAUGUCUGAUUUAACAAGGUAUUUAUCUCCAUCCCCAUAUAGUGAAAAUAUGUAAGUACAGGGAAAGAAAGAUAUGGUAAAUAUGUGCUCAAUUUAGGUGUCCCAGAUCUUAAUUAAGCUCAUACAGUGUGCAUGCAUGUAUGUGUGUGUGUGUGUGUGUGUGUUUGUUCAGCAGGAUGCAUGAGUGUAUCUAAUGCUGUAUAACUUUACUACUAAUUACCAUUAGUGAAUGUGCAUAAUUAUAUUUUUCUUUAAGAGGCAACAGCUAGUACAACACUGAGGUUGAUUGACUGACUGACUGGUGGUGGUGGUGAUGGUGGUGAGGGUUUUCCUGUGCAUUAGUUUUACGGUAUUUGUGAUGCAAAGUGCAAAACAAAGGAUACAUUUGCUCAUUUGCGUAGUGUGUUAAGCUGUGGCCCACAUGGUGCACCGGUCCAGAUCUGUGAUGUCCCCUCAUCUGCCGGGACAGAGGAAACCAUGGGGAGACAGAGACCAAGCCAUUCUUGGCCAUCCAUCUCUCACAAUGGACCAAUACUAUGACUUCCGGCUAAACUUCCCAUGCAUUUGUCUGUACUAACAAAACUAAGCCACUCUCUCAGUCUCGGCCAUCCAUCUCUCACAAUGGACCAAUACUGUGACUUCCAGCUAAGCUUUCCAUAGAUUUCUGUCUGUACUAACAAAACUAAGCUACUAACAUUUUUCUACACAUAAAUAACACUUAAUUCAGUCUGGCUGUCUCCAUCUCUUCUCAAAGGUAGUAACCAUGAAAGCUAUAAAAUCAUAAUUAGAAGAUUACUGUGAUGUGUUUCAGUAAAUGACACUUGGUUCAAUCUGUCCAUCGGUCUCUCUCUCCUCCGGGUCUCCUCUUCUUACAGGGAGUGACUGCUGAGGCUACAGUAUCAUACCUAGUAGUGACCGCAGUCAUGUCUCAAUGGAGCUGAGAUUAACAGUGUAAGCAAGGUCUGUGCUGCUUAGCUCAUCAGCUCUUCAUUUGUAAUUGUGCCAAAAAAGAGGUAUUUUUCUUAGUUUUUAACUAUAAAUCACAUUCUAGAAAUUAUUAUAAGGUAUUUGUAUGAUUUAAGAUAUGAUGGUGAUCUCAAUAAAGAUACAUAACGAGCUACAAACAUGGAUGUACAAGGAGAGGUUUUGCUGCACGGGAAAUAAAAAUGCUGGCUGUAAAAAAAAAAAUGUAAGACCAACCUGCUCCAUUUAGCUAUAAUAAAGAACAAUUUG